AUGUCAGAUUGGGAUUCAGUUACUAUAAUCGGUUCGAAGGCCAGAGUUGGUGGAGGUGGACCAAGACAAACUGUUGCAAAGACUGCUGGUCAAUUGAAUGAGGCCAGAAGAACCGGUGCAGUUGUCGGUACUGAAAAAAAAUAUGGUAGUACUAACACCAAGUCUAAUCCAGAAGGUCAAAGAUUGACAAAAUUGGACGCAACUGAUGAUGUCGUUCCUACCAAAAAAUUAGAUGCAAGUGUUGGUAAAGCCAUUGCUCAAGCCAGACAAGAGAAAAAGUUGACACAAAAGGACUUGGCCACUAAGGUGAAUGAAAAGCCACAAAUUAUUAAUGACUACGAAGCCGGAAGAGCUGUACCUAACCAACAAUUGUUAGGUAAGUUAGAGAGAGCUUUGGGAGUUAAGUUGAGAGGAAAGAACAUUGGUGAGCCAUUAUUCGCUAAGAAGUCAUAA